AUGGAAAAGACAGUCCUCCAGACGACGCGGGUAGCACCAGGGAUCAAUCAGGGGGGCGGCCAUGUAAAUCCGGAGGGACUGGAACACACGAAGGGAGAAGAAAUACCACCGCGGCAGGGAAGCUCACCUUCACCAUCACCAAAUGGAGAAGAGCCGUCGUCGCCAAGCCAACCAGAAGAAGGGCGUGGGCCCUCAACUGAUGUCAGUGAAGGAAAAACUAAUGCAGGGAAGGAGGGGCAAUCGGCAGGCAACAACGGUUCUGCAACGCAAAAUCCAUCGCACGUGCCGGAAAAAGGGCCGCAGGAGAAACAGGCAGCGGAAGGAGACCCAGAGCAGAGCCACCAAGGCCAUCCUUUACCCCCACAACCGCACACGGAGGGUACUCAAAAUACGCUGAGCGACAACACAGAUUUGCAGAGCGGUGAAAAGGAACCAGCAGCAGGGCCCACAGACAGCGCUGCAAAGGACGCUGCGGCUACGAGUAACACUGGCAACGACGCCGCAGUGCAGUCAAAGCCGGCGAGCCCCGUGACUACAACCGAAGAUGGUCAGGUGGAGCAGGGGCACACCGCAGUGCCCACCUCCGACGAACAACCGGAAGCGAGUGGUGGGAAGAAAGAGCAAACCGCCAAGCCCGAAGCAGGGGCGGCUGCGCAAGCGGCCAUCAACGCCACCAAACCAACGGGGCUGGCGCCCGGCGACAGUGACGGGAGCACCGCGGCCUCGCACUGCACCUCCCCCGUUGCGCUUCUUCUGCUUCUUGCGUGUGCGGUGGCUGCUGCGAUGGCGGCGGCGUGA